GAUGGCGCGGACGAAGCAGACGGCACGAAAGUCUACUGGGGGCAAAGCUCCGCGCAAGCAGCUGGCUACGAAAGCCGCCCGCAAGAGUGCCCCGGCCACCGGCGGGGUGAAGAAGCCGCACCGCUACCGGCCCGGCACCGUGGCGCUGCGGGAGAUCCGCCGCUACCAGAAGUCCACCGAGCUGCUGAUCCGCAAGCUGCCCUUCCAGCGCCUAGUCCGGGAGAUUGCGCAGGACUUCAAGACCGACUUGCGCUUCCAGAGCUCGGCCGUCAUGGCCCUGCAGGAGGCCAGCGAGGCUUACCUGGUGGGGCUCUUCGAGGACACCAACCUGUGCGCCAUCCACGCGAAGAGGGUCACCAUCAUGCCCAAGGACAUCCACCUGGCUCGGCGCAUCCGCGGGGAGCGGGCCUGAGGUGUUCCGCCCCUCGCCAUUGACUCAAAACGGCUCUUUUCAGAGCCAUCACUGCGGUCAAGCAAAGGCGGUAACCGAAGCGGUCAAUACCUGCAUCUGCGUCAUAUGUGCACCUGUAGAUUCAGGGAGGAAGUGAGGUCUGCAGAUGGUGGAGAUCAGAGCUGAAAAUG